AUGAAGGUCAAGAUUGUUAUCGAUGGAAGAAGGCACCCUUUGGAAGUUCCAGAUGAUGCCACUGUUUUAGACCUAAAAAAGAAAGUCCAUGAGAUAUUUGAUAUUUCUGCAGGGAAAAAGCAAGAAUUCUUUUUCAAUGGAUUGGUGUUACAAGAUCGAAGAACAUUGGAAAGUUAUCUAGUUGAUAAUGAAUCCGAAAUUGAACUCCGAAUAUAUUACAGUGUGUGGAUCAUCAGUCAACGAAACCGCAAAGAGAAAUACCAGUUAAAAGUGCAUAAGAAUAAUUUUGUUUGGGACUUGAAGCAGAACCUCCAUGUAAAUUAUGGUUUAGAUAUUACAAAUAUGAGACUCCAAAUCAAGCCAAAUUCUGACCUUGAUGAUCGUACUUUAUUGUGGGCUAAUGACAUUACUGAUGGCACUAAAAUUGUUAUAGCUCAAUCAUGA